AUGUUACCCCUUGGUAGUGUGCUAAGUGUAAGGGAGCUAGCUAUUGCUCUGGAAACCAUUCGAGAGGCGUUCGAUUCGAGCACAGAAUUAGACGUUGAAAUUUCUCGCUCGCCUUGCAAAAAUCAUAUUUCCACUGCAUAUCUUAUUUGCGAAAAUUGUACCUACAAGGAGGACAAUGAAAAAACUUGCCACAUCACCAAAUUGAGAUUAGGUAACUUGGGACUGGGUGGAAUUAUACAUGAUGCAGUUGGUGAUCUUCAAUAUCUAACCGAAAUGGCUCUGGACUUCAAUAUGUUAUCAGGCUCAAUUCCCGAUGAGCUGGGAUCUCUCAGUAAUCUUGCUCGUUUGCAAUUAGCUGAAAACCAACUUUCCGGUAGUCUUCCUUCCACACUUGGAAAUCUGAGUUCUCUCAUAGAGCUUUGUCUUUCAUCCAAUUAUUUAACCGGGAAAUUGCCAGAGAGUUAUGGCCAACUUCGCAAACUGCAGCAGUUUAAAGCAUCUGGGAAUAGUUUAUCUGGUCAGUUUCCUCAUUUCGUAAAAAACUGGCCCGAAAUCCGGAGUCUAAAAAGCUUGCGUUGCUCUUCCAGGAAAUUAUUGGGAAAUAAUUUUGAAGGACCGAUACCAACAGAGGUUUUUAAUCUGUCAAUGCUUGAGUCUCUGACCAUAAGUGAUGUCGGAACAUCCUCGUUCCAGUUGCCAUCGUCCCCACACAUUCCCCAAAUUAAAACGCUGAUACUGAGAAACUGUUCAAUCAAUGGUUCAAUCCCCAUGUUCAUUAGUGAGUCUUCAUCACUCAAAUUCCUAGAUUUGAGCUUCAACAACCUAACAGGUGGAAUUCCAGAGACAUGGAAACCGUUUUUAAUUCAUAUGUCUUUUGCAAGAAAUAACCUUACCGGAACCAUUCCUGCGUGGAUUUUUCAUUCAACAAGAACUAGGAUGGAUUUGUCAUACAAUAACUUCUCAGAAAUAAACGUCCCAGUUCCAGCCAAAUUAAAUCUGAACUUGUUUGCCUGCUGCUGCUGUCAGAGCUCCUCGACAACUCUCCCAUACAUGCUUAAUCCCUCGCAGAUGGCGGAAGCAUAUUUCCCCAAAAAACGCAAAUUCUUCUCCUUGUGCAUAAACUGUGGUGGAGAUCAAAUAACCAUCAAUGAGGAUAUUUACGAGGCAGAUAAUAAAACGGACUAUUUCUGUGAAGAUUCAAACCGGAACUGGGCUUAUAGCUGUUCAGGAGACUUCUUCGUAGAAACUUUCAAUUCAAGUGAUUUUAUUCAAAAAGAGCCCUACAAAGUAUUCAAUCCUGAGGCAUCCUUAUACGAAAACUCUCGGCUCUCGCCGGUUUCUUUGAACUACUACGGCCUAAGUCUGUAUGAGGGGACUUAUAACGUCACACUUCACUUCGCUGAAAUUGUCUACAAAGGUCUUCACGUCUCAGAAGUCGCAAACUAUAACAAGCUAAGCAAACGUUUAUUUGACGUCUAUAUUCAGGGUGAGAGGGUACUGAGUGAUUUCAACAUAAGAGACGAGGCAGGUGAUUAUUACAGAGCAAUCAAUAAAACGUUCAGCACUCAAGUAAAGGGUGACGGUUUAUUGGAUAUUCACUUGUAUUGGGCCGGAAAAGGGUCUCAGAUCAAGAAACCUUCUUACAAUGGUCCGCUUAUUUCAGCCAUUUCCGUCAAUCCUGAUUUCAAAGUAGGAGGUGGUGGACUAUCUCCCUUGCAUAUAUCAUUGCUUUCUGUAGCUUCAGUCAUAAUUUCUCUGCUGCUGAUGUUACUUUUAGCCUGGGCAAUGGGAUUUCUGGAAUCCAAAGAAUUACAAGCAAAAAUAAAAGUAGGUGAUGGAAAAAAUGUCACCCUCAAAGAAUUAAUAAGAGCUACCGGAAACUUUAGCCUCAAAAAGAAGAUCGGAACCGGGAGUUUAGGGACAGUUUAUGAGGCCGAAGUACUGGAAGAUCAAAAAGUGGCUGUCAAGAAGCUUUCCUCCCGUUAUAAGAAAAGAAUCCAUAAACUAAAGCUCGAAGUUUUUAACAUGAAAUCAUUGGCACAUGAGAACCUCCUUAAAUUGUGGGAUGUUCAUAUUGGAAAAGGCUAUCAGUUGCUCGUUUAUGAAUAUAUGGAAUACAAAUCCCUAGAGAACGCCUUAUUUGGGUCAUGUCAUUUACCCAAAUCGAAGCUUAAUUGGGAAACUAGAUUUAGCAUUUGCCUUGGAAUAGCGAGGGGUUUGGCGUAUCUACAUGAGCCUCAUAGAUCGGUCAUUCACGGCAACAUCAAGACUGCUAAUAUUCUUCUUGAUGAUAAGUGUGAGCCCAAGCUUUCAGACUUAAGAUUGGCAGGCGUUCAUAGUGAUAAAGACCAGCUUUUGCUCAUCAAAGAAGAAGCACCAAAAGGAAUUAACGCACCAGAAUAUUUUCAAGGAAUUUUAUCACCCAAGACUGAUGUUUACAGUUUUGGGAUGGCCGUCCUGAUAAUUGUCAGUGGGAGGAAAAGUGAAGUAGACAAAUCAUGCGGCCAGGGAAUGGAGUUUCUUCUGGACACGGCGUAUGAUUUACAAAGUAAAGGAAAUAGGCUGAUAGAGUUGGUGGACAGAAACUUGUACGAUUUGUACGAUGCAAAACAAGCGCUCACCCUGUUGAAUCUAGCAGUGAAGUGCACCAGUUCGAGCCCGAGUAUGAGACCAACGAUAUCUCAAGUUUUGAGUGUUCUUGACGGUAAGAAAACACUGAGUGAUGUUGUUCUGCCUGAUCCAUCUACCUCAAGUACUACUGUCUAUGGAGACAUCGAUAAAGCGGCCGAUUCGUCCAGAUCAAUCACACAGGUUGUCGAUAUUGAAGGCCUUAGUUAGUUUGAUAUCCCCACUUCGAUUCGUCAUGAAAUCAAGGGCAAGAAUAUCAUUGAUUCAUGAAGCGUUGCACCCCUAAUGA